UUUACCCCCGAGCCUGUAAUUUUAGCUGCCCCUACGCGUCAUCUAACCUCGAGGCUUCAGAGAGAAUGUACCAAUCUAUGCAACAGGCUGGCCCUCUAUUAUGGUUAUGUCGACACACACAAACACGUACACACACAUACACACACACAUACACACUUCAGUGUGGCUUUGACGGCUUUGAUUUGCACUCUCACGCCCGACGCAACACAUCCCCUCCAGUCGGACCUAAGCCUCCCUUUGGACCCAGGCCGGUCUGCUGCUUCGGGCGCCAAUCAAAAGCCGAUCUUCACAGCCCAAACUACUGACUUGAUCGAUUUUCGUCCCGACUCUUUUUCGGUCGCGUCGGCACCACGGUCGCUAGGCUUCGCUGCAACGCGCAACACACUUUUCCGUGCCUCAGUGCUUUGUUCGUCAUGGCAACCGCGAUGCUACCUCGGUGCGAAGGGGGCCUGCGCUGAAGACUCGUCGUCGACAGCCAGGCAACCGUCCCCAAUCCUCUUGUGUCGUCAAUGCCGAGUCUGCUGGCGCCGCGGCAAAGCAGGGACAAGGCAUAGCAACACUCCGCAGUCGACCGUCUCGGUUGUCGCCUGUCCUGCGCAUACCAGCCGCAUAGGCACCACUACAAAACACAACCACGUACACCUCUCAAAUCCCUUCAGCCUCUGCACGGCAAUCUUUCUUCUCCAACCUUCCCAAUCGGGUCCAGAUCGAGUAUUGCUUAUUUCACCUGUUGGAGUGAUUCGAAGGGUGAAGGUUGAGCGCCACGGCGACGCUUCUAUCGCACGACGGGCGCUAAUGGUUGACAGGGCAGGUGUCAUAUUCAAGGCAAACUGGACUUUCCCAACUGACAUUCCGUAG